AUGUCGCUCAAUCACGUCAGACAUGAGAAAUUCUUCAAUCGAUGUUUGAUUGCGCUUCCAGCACAAGCAGCUUCCGAGGAUUCAAACAAGCUUGCGAUAAUCUACUUUUGUUUACAUGGACUCAAAUUGUUGAAUAAAUUUAAUUUUCUGAAAGAAGAGUUGCGACAUUACGAAAACUACAUAUGGGACAAUUUUUACAUUGUGAAUGAUGAGUAUGCGACGUUUAGAGCGACUCUGUACUUUCAGCAUGCUGGUGAUAGAUAUGACUAUGGUAAUUUAACUGCGUGCUUGUUUGCCGUAUACAUAUUGAUGAUCCUAGAGUCAGACUUUAAGAAAAUGGAUUGGAAAAAGCUAUUGAAUUAUGUGAUUCGUUGCCAGAACAAGAACAAGAAUGAGAACGAAAAUAAUAGUGCUAAUAGUACCAAUACUUCAAGUAGGAACAGUAAUGUUGGAGGGUUUUCACAAUCGGUGAAUGAAGUUGGGUUUGGUGAGAUGGACUUGCGUCAGUGUUAUAUAGCCUUGAUUCUCCGCAAGUUGAUACUAGAUAGAAAAGGAGUUGAUAUCACAACAGAUAUAGACACGAACCUGCUAAAGUGCUUUAUCUUGAACCGGUUGGAUUACAAUGGUGGAUUUUGCCAUCAGAACUUGGACGAACCUCACCUUGGGUUCACUUUUUGUGCGGUGGCGUCUUUGAAAUUAUUAGACUACCCAGUAAAUGAGCUUGAAAAGACAAGGAAUUGGUUGCUACAUCGUCAAACACUGUUUCCAUUGAAUGGAAAACUGGGACUGGGCGCCUCAAAAGCUGGUUUUGAGUAUGACGAUGAUGAUGUUAAUGAUUAUGAAAAAGAUGAUAUAAAGGAGCUGGAGGAGGAGCUAGAGGAGGAGCUAGAGGAGGAGGACAAAUAUUUUCAUAACAUUGAUGUAGGUGGUUUCAAUGGAAGAAAUAACAAGAGAAGUGACACUUGCUAUUCGUGGUGGUGUACGGGAAGCUUGUUUUUGAUAAACAGGAGCAAUUUAACGCUAUUUGAUAGAGACGCAGCAGAAAAGUAUCUACUUGAAAACACUCAAAAUUCAAUGUUGGGUGGGUUUUCUAGUGUUCCCGAAUCAACACCUGAUCCCAUGCACACCUACCUUGCUUUGGCUAGUUUAUCCUUGUGGGAUCACAAGAGAUUUGAAUUGACUGAAAUCGAACCUUUACUCGUCAUCAGCAAAGAGGUUUAUGAACAUUAUCUAGUCUCAAGCACUGAAGAUUUAUAG